AACAUUCUGCUAAGGCACUUGUCACUCUCUACAUCGGUCAGCUACAUUGAAGAGGAGGUCUGCUGGACGGAGAAAGAGGAUAUGUGGCUGAACGUUGUCGUAAAAGAGGAGAAAGAAGAGGAGGCUGUUACCGUGAAAGAAGAAGAGAAAGACGUUUCAGUGGAAGAAGAGAAAGACGUUUCAGUGAAAGAAGAGGAAGACGCGUUCAGAGUGAAAGAGGAGGAAGAUGUUACAGUAAAAGAAGAGGAGGGGAAAGAGGAGGAUGCAGUUUUUGGAGUGAAAGAGGAGGAGGGGGAGAUGACUGUCACUUCCAGAAAGGUGGAGGAAGAAGAUGAAGGAACUGGAUAUCUUGGCCCGGUUUCCCAAACGCAUCUUAAGGCAUCCAAUGGUAACGAUGAACUUAGCCAUAAAAUGGUUUUGGGAAACCGGUCCCUGAUUAACACUAGAGAGAGACAUGACGAUCGUGGAUCCUCUGGGGAGCCUCAACAACAUCAUGAAGCUGAAGAGGCAGAGGAGAGUUUUUCUGCAUCAGAACAUCUCAAGAAACAGAAGCGGAAACGCACAGGGAAGAAAUCUCACCGCUGCUCUGACUGUGGGAAGAGAUUCACCUCUUCAGCAGACCUCAAAAGACAUCAGAGAAUCCAUACAGGAGAGAAACCUUAUAGCUGUGAUCAAUGUGGGAAGAGAUUUACUGAUCUAAGCAGCCUGAAAAGACACCAGAGAAUUCACACUGGAGAGAAACCUUAUAGCUGCACUGACUGUGGGAAGCGUUUUAAUGUUCCAAGCAGCCUGAAAACACACCAAAGGAUUCACACAGGAGAGAAACCUUAUAGCUGUGAUCAAUGUGGGAAGAGUUUUGUUUCAUCUAGCCAGCUGACUGUACACCAGAGAACACACACAGGAGAGAAAUGUUAUAGCUGUGAUCAAUGUGGGAAGAGUUUUGUUUCAUCUAGCCAGCUGACUGCACACCAGAGAACACACACAGGAGAUAAAUCUCAUAGCUGUGAUCAAUGUGGGAAGAGAUACUCUGGUAAAAGAUCUCUGAUUAGACAUCAGAAAAUACACGAAGGAGUUGUUCCAUGAUAUCAAUAAAAUGUCACAAUGUAGAACCCUAAACGUUUGCCCCCUGAUCUAUUGAUUUCAUCAUGAUAUGGAUAUUAGCCUCAUCAGGCGAAAAAUCCAGGUUCUGAAAUGAAAGAGUACUAUUUAUGUGAUUAACAAAAAGUGUUGCGUUACACUUAUCUCGUCGGUGAUCCACUUGAAUCAAAAUGCAACACUUCAAAAUGUAGCGAGCUUACCA